CUAGGUACAUAGAGGAGCUGCAAUCCUUAUUCAGGCAAAAUUAUUCCAAAAAGAAAAAAGAACCGAACAACAAUGCUGAGGUUUGUUGUCACCCUCUUUGCUGUCAUAACAUCAUCUACCUGCCAAAAGUACGGAUGUCUGGAAGGGGACACCCACAAACUGAAGCCAAGUCGUGAGCCAAAUAUGCAUGAAUGCACUCUGUACUCUAAAUCUUCCUGUUGCUAUGUAGACUUCACAGAGCAAUUGGCUCAUUCCCCAGUAAUUAAAGUAAACAACAGCUACUGGAACAGAUGUGGGCAGCUCAGUAAAUCCUGUGAAGAUUUCACAAAGAAAAUUGAGUGCUUUUACCGGUGUUCACCACAUGCUGCUCACUGGAUCCAUCCCAAUGACACUGCUGCUAUUCGGUCUGUUCCACUGUGUCAAAGCUUUUGUGAUGACUGGUAUGAAGCCUGCAAAGAUGAUUCCAUAUGUGUUCAUAACUGGCUGACAGACUGGGAAUGGGAUGAAAGUGGAGAAAACCGCUGUAAGAAUAAAUGUAUUCCAUACAGUGAGAUGUAUGCAAAUGGGACUGACAUGUGCCAGAAUAUGUGGGGGGAGUCAUUUAAGGUGAGUGAAUCCUCCUGCCUCUGCUUGCAAAUGAACAAGAAGGACAUGAUGGCAAUCAAGUAUCUCCUCUCCGAAAGCUCAGAGGAAAGCUCCAGCAUCAGCAGCAGCGAGGAACAUGCCUGCCAAAAGAAACUCUUGAAGUUUGAGAAACUAAGGGGAGAGGAAGGGGAACAGACAAGAUAAAUGCUGGUGGAUGUAUGUCAGGACAAGAGAAGUCAUCGUGGAGGCUGGGCUCAGGGCAUCACGCCAGCCUGCUUUAUGCCUUACUUCCUGGAACAUAAUAAAUCAAUGGCUGGUUAUAUUAA